CUACAUCGAACACUUUCGUACAUUCAUCCAUCAAACCAUCAUCUCCGAUACCCGUUCAAACAUCAAUCAAUUCGACUCAAUUCGACUCAAUUCCAAUACUAAAGACAUAAUAAUGGCUGCAUCAUCUUCUGCGGACGUAUUUGCAUACAUUGUUGCAAUCUUCAUCCCUCCUUUGGCCGUCUUCUUGAAGACUGCAUGUGGAGUUGACUUUCUUAUCAAUAUCUGCUUGACUAUCCUUGGUUGGAUUCCAGGUGUUAUCCAUGCCUGGUAUGUUAUCUCCAAACAUGACCCGGCGAAAUAUGCUCCAUAAGAAGGAGUAAUGAUAGGGGCAUGCUGGUGAUGAUUGGGGAUGAUACCUUGGGAGUGGGCAUAUCUAGGGGCAUAUCUAGGAGGGUUUGGCGUUCAAGGGUGGAGGGAAUUUCCUCGACGGUUCAUCCUGAGAUGAGGAUAGUAGUC